AUGGCUGCUGCGAAAAAAGCUUUGCAGAUUAGAUUGCCUCCACUUCCGAGUAUCAAAGAUGUAAUCAGACUGUACAAAUUACGCGCACUCCGUGAACUAUCCCAAAAUUUUCUUAUGGAACCUAGGCUGAUCGACAAAAUAGUUAGAGCUGCUGGUCAUAUCGAGAAUCAUGUUGUUUGCGAGGUGGGACCAGGUCCUGGCGGUAUAACCAGAUCUAUUAUCCAGCAAAGUCCAAGAAAGGUAGUACUUAUAGAAAAAGACCCUCGCUUUAUACCUAGUCUAGAACUUCUAGCAGAUGCGUGUAAAGGCAGAGUAGAUGUAGAUAUUAUCAAUGGUGAUAUAUUAAAAACAGCUAUAGCUCAUUUUAUUCCAGAAGAUACUAGACACGAGUGGACAGAUUCACCUCCACCAAUCAACUUAAUAGGUAAUUUACCAUUUAGUGUAUCAACAAUUUUAAUAAUACGAUGGCUAGAAAUGAUUUCAAAGAGAGAAGGGCCAUGGUCUCUAGGCAGGGCUCGGAUGACGUUAACCUUUCAAAAGGAAGUUGCAGAAAGGAUGGUUGCUCCAAUAAUGAAUAAGCAAAGGUGUAGACUAUCCGUUAUGUGUCAGAAUUGGUGCAACGUAAAGUAUAAGUUUGAUAUUCCUGGUUCUGCAUUUGUUCCAAAACCAGACGUAGAUGUAGGUGUAGUCACCCUGACUCCAAUGAAACAACCAAUAAUAAAGUUGCCUUUCAAGCUUGUGGAGAAGGUUGUUCGACAAGUGUUUUCCAUGAGACAAAAAUAUUCUAUUCGGGGAGCUCAAACUUUAUUUCCCGAGGAAGUCCGUGAAGAAAUGGCAUUAAAGAUGUACAAAAUGGCAGAAAUUGACCCAAUUACAAGACCUUUUCAGAUAGCUAACGGAGAAUUUGGUAGAUUGUGUGAAGCUUAUAAUGAAAUAAUAAAAAUAUAUCCAGAGUUCGGAAAUUAUGAUAACAGAGCACCAAAAAAGAAGAAUGAUGAAGUAGAGGCAAUAACAUAAUUUUUGUUUUGUAUAUAGUAGGUAAAAUAAAAUAUUUCUGUUUAGUUAAAA